GCGAAUAAUUAGUGUUGGAAAAGACGAAAAUAAGGGUUUAAAGCACCGACACCAUGCUGGCGCACCUCUGCUUAUUACAGAGUAUUAUUAGAGGGAGCUUGAGGAUUUCCAGAUCUGCAAUUCCAGAUCUGUAAUUCAUACUCCCAGUGCCGUGUGAACUGAAGCUUCUCUUCUUCUCUCCACUCUUCCAUGGCUUCCAAGCUGUUAAUUAUCACCGUCUUUAUCCUCGAUCUCGUUGCUUUCGGUCUGGCCAUUGCAGCCGAGCGCGGGAGAAGCACGGCGCGGAUUGAGACGAAUAAAGUAGAGAAUUAUGAUUACUGCGUCUAUGAAUCUGACAUAUCCACUGGCUAUGGUGUUGGCGCCUUCUUGUUGCUCUUGGCUUGUCAAGCUCUUGUGAUGGUGGCCAGCCGCUGCUUCUGCUGCGGGAAGGCUCUCCGUCCCGGCGGCUCGCGGUCUUGCGCUCUUCUCCUCUUCUUCUUGUGCUGGGUCUCAUUCUUCAUUGCGGAGGUGCUCUUGCUGGCUGGCUCAGUGAGGAAUGCUUAUCACACCAAGUACAGAUCAUUCCGAGGAACGACACUCUCCUGCGAGACGGUGAGAAAGGGCAUUUUCGCUGCCGGAGCUGCCUUCAUCUUCCUCACGGGAAUACUCUCAGAGUUUUACUACACUAACUAUUCCAAGGCUAAAGGUGGCGCCGGAGUCGGACCACACUCUGUAGAAACUGGCGGUGCCGCCGGCUACAGAUGAUCACGCCACCUUAAGAGUCAUAUUUUCUCAGUCAUUUUGGAUCCCUGAUGGACAGUGUCAAAACUUUGUUGAAGAAGCAAUUUGGGGUGUGUCAUAGUGUCACAUGUAUCUCUCAUUCUAUCUUUUUGUUACAGCAUUUGUGUGUAGUGUUAAUGGCUCUUUCGAUGCACGGUAAACUUUCACUGUAUUUAAUUACUCCCUCCGUCUCCCUAAGAUGUUCUCAUUUUGACUUUUGGUGGUUUUUAAGGAGAGUUGGAAAAAAGUGAAAAUUUACCAUAAUACCCUUAAUGAAAUAUGGGUGAAGUGUAUUACAUGAGGUGGGUGAGGUGUAAUAAAUAAAGUAAGUGGGGGUAGUUAUGGUAUUUUAAUUGUUAAAAAAUGAAAUGAGAAGAUCUAUUGUGGACAAAGAAAAAGGGCUAUUGAGA